AUGGUACUGUGGAGGCACGAAUGCUCGCGCUACGCCUCAUCGUCCCGCAUCGGCUACCAUCCCAACCACCCGAGCGCCAGCCACCCGACUUCUCGCCCGUCGUCAGCGGCUACCAUUCUUCGACCGUUUUCUGCAGGGCGUGUGCCUCAACAGUCGAACGACCACGAUCACCAUCAGCAACAACGUGCGUCCUCGGCGCUCCCUCCUCGUUCGCAGCCUUUCGGACAAGACAGCGGGUUGUACGAGGCUGGUCAGAACAGAACCAUAGAGGAGGGGGCGGGGCGAGCGGACCUCACUCCUAGUGUGAGGCCCCGGUCGGCUAUCCCGCGGCUGCAGAGGGCAGACGCAGCGGAGCCCGAUGACAACAACUCGCGUCCAAAGAGAGGCGUGAGUGCCUCGGCCGCGAGGGGAAAUGACGGCGGCGUGGACGCCACCUCCACCGCAAGGAGGCGAGGCGGCAGCGGGAGCAGUGCCAGGAGAAGACGGGCGAUGAGGAGCGCCUCGACGACACGGUCCCAGUCGCCGGUGAACAACCAAGAUCGUUCUUCCGUCGAGGGAUGGGGAGGGGACGACGUCUUCGACGACAUCUAUGAAGAUCUCGAGGAGGACGACGGCGAGCUCGAAGCUAGGAUAUCGAUCAUGGAGAGCCGUUUCUCUACGGUGGGGCGGGAGAGACCCGUCUCCGCUGCCGACGACGGCGACGUCACCGCCGGCGACGGGGGCAAUCUUGAUGCCGAACGGCAGCGGUGGUCAGGGGCGAGGAGAACGGGCGCACCCGACGCUCCACUGUCGACGGCGACUCAGCGCCCGCCCCGCGCACCACCUCAACAGCAGCAGCAGCAGCAGCAGCAGCAGCAGCAGCAGCUGCAGCAGAUGUUCUCCAGGUCGCGACCAGCUCGUCGGCACGUGACCUCCUCGGCAAGAGCGGCCGGGACGCGUGCGGGAGAGGAUAGCAGGGAGCAGCAACGCCUCCUGUUUCCUCUCAAGACUUUCGUCAGCGGACAAAAACAACCACCCCGCGUCAUCAGAAGCCGGCCCACGUCGGCCCCUGCGGACGGCAGCAGCCUCCCGCAGGAGCGCCAGCGAGGCGACGUGGCCGUUAACGACCCCAUGGCACCCCUGCAUACCCGACGGAUGAGGCUCCAGAUGUCAUCUGGAGGGUCACGACCACCGGCGGAGCCGGAACAGGGAGGAGGCGGCAGCGGAGGAGGAGCAGGGGUCAAAACCGCCGUGCCCUCCUGGGAUAGGAACGUCGACGGCGGAACCCGCCCUCUGUCAAGUGCAACAGACGGAGCCCCCGGCGCCGCCGCCGCCGCCGCCGCCCCCGCCGCCGUCUACGACGACAACGUCGCUGACGGCGACACCGAGGAGGGCGGGGGGCGCUUUAAACCGAACGAAAUCACACCGCCUAUGAACAAUCACAGCCGGCCGUCCUCCGCAGCGUUUCGGGGCUGGAUCAAGGCGCGGCCCGGCGCAAGGUCUGCGGUCUCCGCCGUCUCCUCGGCACGGACGCUGGGGAUGGACGACCCCGAGCUGGUCCACCUGCAGCUCGAGAUGGAGAGCCGGCGAGGCGGCAUGUCGGAGUCUACGCUGGUUCGGAUGGAAGACCACUACACCGCCGUAGUCCUCAAGAACACGAUCGUCCCACGACGACCGCAACAACAAAGGGGCAGGCCGGCAUCGCCCCAAAAGAAAAAGGGCGGCGCCUCCUCAAGGUCGAGGAGGAAACGGGCCAGCAGCAAGAGCAGAAGCAAGAGCCCACGCAAGGGGCGGAAGAAGAAGGGUGCCGGCGGUGGGAAAAAGAAGAGUGGUAAGCGAGGGGGCGGCGGAGGUGGUGGCGGCGAGGGAACGGCGGCAAGCGGCAAGGUUUACACAUCUGCGGGGGCGUUUAUGGCGGAGCACUUUCCCUCCGAGGAGGAGCAGGAAUGUCGCAAGGCAUCCGAGGCCCUGUCCAGGGCGGGCCUUUCGGUCUCAAGCGAAGCCCUCCGUCGCGCCCUGGUCAUUCCGACCGACCGUCCCCUCGAGACCUGCCUCGCCGGCCUCCCUCACCCCACGGAAGGGCUCCGCGACGCUCCCUUCCCGCCGCCGCACUCCCUCACCACCCUGGGUCAUCAUCAUCCGCCAUCGCUACUGUUAUCCUCGUCUCCGCUUGGAAGCCGAGGCAACGUGGUGGGAACUGGACCAGCCUUUGGCAAGAAGGUCGGCGGGGUCACACGGAGAAGGUCUCCGUCCCCGGCGGGGAGGCGGCACAGAGGGAUCCGGGGGAGGGGCAAAAGGUCCCUCGUUGGCGGUGGAGGGAGAAAGAAGACGAGCCCGACAAGGAGAUAA